UCCCAAUACAUUCUUCAAAAACAAGGAAUGCUUAAUAAUAAAACUUACAGACGAGGCCCACGAAAGUCUAUCUAGAUUUAUCUUCAACAUGAUACAACACCGCCUCGGGGUUUUCAAUCUCUCAGAGAAAGAGCUCCGACCGCAAGGGACGACCAGGAAAGAGAUGGUCCACGGAAGUGUAUACAAAACCGCAAAUGAGAGCUGGAUACCAACAACCACGCGCAAUCGGGACGAUUAUCCUUCCCUCGUCGUGGAGAUCGGCGUGCUUGAGAGCUAUGAGCGGCUCAAGACCGACGCACGUAUAUGGCUUGACGCCUCGGACAAACGCACUCGGAUUGUUCUUCUGGUGGUUCUUGACCUAGAGAAAUUGGAAAUUAGAAUUGAGCGUUGGGAGAGGGCGAUGGUACAGCGUAGGAUUGUUACGCGAUCUGUUACUGCGCGGAUGGGAGGCCCGGCGCGAUGCAUCCAACGUAUUAUACUCACUCGUGUGGGCCCUGGAAAUGUAACGGUCACGGGAGCGCCCCUUGUUCUUCCGCUGGCGACUAUUUUCGAUGGGGAUGGCAUCCCUCCGCUUUCUUCUGAUGUCGAUGUGGAUAACGAGCUCUCAUUCAGUGCACAGAUGCUUGAACAGAUGGCUAUUCGGUAUUUUGCGGCUUUUUGAUUCAAGAUGAUAAGGGGGUUUAUGCUUAAAGGAUUGUCGCGGAGGCACAGAACACGCAUCUCUUAUGACCUUGGCCACGCGGCCCGAUCCCCAUAGUGGCCGUCGCACAACAUCGAAUGGGAUUGGUUAAUCUAGGGAGUUGUUACGUACACCUAGGAAUAAUAUUUAAUCUUGAGGGAGAGUUCUGGGUUAGACGGCAGGUCUCAAGCUGUCUUUAGGGGGGUCUGGCCCUAUUCCC